GGCUGGUAACACUCAAAUGUUUUUUGAAACAGCUGAUUAAAAUGGAAAUCCUUAACGAAAAUAGGCCGACAGAAGUUUCCAAAUCCUCAAAAAGUGGCAUGUCCACUGGAGGCAAAAUCCUUAUAGCGGCUACUGGCGGUGUCGCCAUCGGCCUGUCAGUUGUCUGCGCCUCCUUUGUGGCGCCCGCUUUCAGGCGGAUUUGUCUGCCAUAUGUGCCCGCCACCAGCGAACAAAUACAGAAUGUCCUCAGCUUUCUACCAAAGACCGCGGGCGGGAAACUGUUGGACAUCGGCUCCGGAGACGGGCGCAUUGUUGUGGCGGCGGCGCAACACCAUAGAGCUCUAAAGACAGACGGCGUGGAAUUGAAUCCAUGGCUGGUAUACUACUCCCGCCUGGCCGCAUUGCGUCAUGGGGUAUCCAAGCAGACGAGGUUCUUCCGGCGAGAUCUAUGGAAGUUCGAUAUCAAAGACUACAACUUCGUUGUAAUCUUCGGCGUGGAGCAGAUGAUGCAGGACCUGGAGCACAAACUGGUUGCCGAGUGUCCGGACAACACCAAGAUCAUCGCCUGCCGCUUCCCACUGCCCAGCCUGCAGCACGUAAAAAUAAUCGAGGAUGGAGUUAACACCGUGUGGUUCUACGACCUCAACAAAAGCAGCGGAAACAGCUAACAAAAGAGUUAUUAAAUUGGUAUUUUUAUUGUUUUCCACGCUAAAAGAAAA